AUGGUGCGGAGCGUCAAAGAUUUAUUACGACGCUCCAACGGCAGAGCCUGUUUAGCCUACGACGAACUCGAAGUAAGUCUUAUCGAGAUUGAAAGUGUAGUUAACGCGCGUCCUCUCAAUUAUAUCAGUGACGGAGCAGAUGAGCCACUCCCUAUCACUCCCAACCAAUUUCUUAACAAUCGACGAUCGACUUGUGCCACCCCGGAGCCAGCCGUCAACUUGCUGGCUCCCACUUCCACUAGUGCCACUCUCAUCGCGAUGGACCAAGAGAGAAGGGAAUAUGUGAGCAACAUCUGCGCCCGAUUCAUCGAUGAUUAUGUCAUGCAACUGGACAACUUCCACUCAAAGGGGAAAUCCAACCGAAAAAUUCGCCUUGGUGAAGUUGUGCUUAUUCACGACGAGCACACCAAACGCCUGAUGUGGUCGACCGGAUUAGUCACCGAACUUAGACCGAGUCGUGAUGGACUUGUUCGAUCGGUCGUUCUCCGGACCGCUAACGGUAAUCAUAUUAAUCGUGCCAUUCAAUGCUUAUAUCCCUUAGAAGUAUUCCAAGAACCCGAAGACGUAAUCACCCAAGAUGAAACAGGACCAAAGCCAGUUGAAGAUCUGGCUCCCCUUGAUCCAGCGCCAAACGAUCCAGAUCCAGCAAUCGGAGAAGUCGAGCCGGACGAUACGGGCUCUGGUGGGGAGUAUGUUGGGAAUAUACCGACACCCCAACAGCCUAUUUACAGAUCUGGCCGUCAGAGUCGCCUACCUCGUCAUCUUCAUGAUUAUUGCCUUCGGGGCCCCCGUUAG